AUGGAUGCGCGGCCAAUGUUGUCGUCGGCCUCGCGCAGCCUUUCGUCCUCCUCUCUCAAAGAACGACUGUCUAAACUCACUGUGACGCCGUUACGCCCAGUUCAGGCUCUCCAAGCUCACGUUGAGUUCGUGCCGUCACACAUACCAAGAGCGCGAAGGCUGCAGACGACAGUAGUUGCGAUAUGGUCCACAAUGAUCAUCACGACGGCAUUCUUAUUCUUACUGUUGUGUUCUUUCCCACCGCUGUGGCCAUUCCUCGCAAUAUAUUUCAUAUGGCUGCUUUAUGUAGACGGCGGACCCGAACACGGCGGAAGGUUGAGCCCAUGGUUCCGCUCCCUUCCAUUCUUCAAACACUUUGCAGAAUAUUACCCUGCAUCGGGAGCGCUGGCCACGUUCGCCACUGAAGGCACAGGUUUCUCGGAGGCCUUCCCUGGAAUCAAGCCGCACCUCCUCACCCUUGCAUCUAACUUUAGAAUGCCCAUAUAUCGCGAGAUUCUUCUCUUCCUCGGCGUUUGCUCCGUUAGUAAAAGCUCGUGCUCAAAUAUCCUCAAGAGUGGCCCUGGGCAGGCGAUCACGAUUGUUGUAGGUGGCGCCGCCGAGAGUCUGAGUGCUCGACCAGGUACCGCAGACUUGACAUUGCGAAGACGAUUAGGGUUCAUCAAGAUCGCCAUCCAGCAUGGAGCCGACCUAGUCCCUGUAUUCUCCUUCGGCGAGAAUGAUAUAUAUCAGCAAAUGCCGAACGAGGAAGGGACACUUGUCUACACCCUUCAGAAGAACUUUCAAAGAGUUUUUGGUUUCACUCUUCCACUUUUUCAUGGUCGCGGACUCUUGAACUAUAACUUGGGACUGAUGCCUUACCGCCGACGCAUAGUGUCCGUUAUUGGGCGGCCUGUUCAUGUCGUCCAGACCGACAAACCAACUCUGGAAGAAAUUACUGGAGUUCAACAGGCCUACAUCGAGGAGCUAAUGAGGAUAUGGAAUACAUACAAAGACGAAUUCGCGCGCUCUCGACGCAGAGAGCUGAGCAUCAUCGCUUGAGGCGCGCAGAAAUUGUCAUAGAGUAGCGAACGCAUACUUCCGCGCUGGCUCUCCUCUAAUCUACGCACUGUCUCUUUUGCUGUCGUACCUUUCGGUGCACCCUCCAUGAUCUACUAUACCUCAACACACGCAGAUGUCCUUGCAUAUUCGAAUCUCCCGCGCCCUCAUACGCUACUACCUGUACAAGCACCUUUACAUUUAUUUUCCCCCAAGCCCCAUCGAAAAAGACAUCAUAGAAUUUUGAUGCGCUCUUUGGAGACCCAGUUGUAUGUAGAAUAC